GGCCGAGACUGCGCAGGCGCAGAGGAGGCUAGCGUUCCUUGCUGCCUCGCCCCGCGGCCUCUAGAAGACAGGGGCCACGGGGAGACCACAGCCACCCGGCGCGAAGAGCCCUCUGUACCCCGCUUCCUCUUGAGGCCCUCGGACCGUCCAGGAAAUGUCUGGGAGCCCGCCUGCGGAGGGCAUAGCGCCGACCCUCGCUCCCCGCCCAGGACCCGAAUGAACCUGGAGAGCGGAUGCCAGCAGUUGCCGAGGCGCUAGGACAGGAAGGGCCGCCAGACCUCUCAAGAUCAGCCUUCCUCGCCACCGUUCUCACCUCUUUGUCCGCUGCCUUCUCCUCAAUGCCUAGCAGCGCGUACAGGUCCAUCUGUAAGAGCUCCUUGGUCACUGCCAUGGUUCCGGCCUGACGGAUUCGUACUACAACUCCCAAGAGUCUAAGCGCGCGUGAGGACUGCAGGCUCCGAGCGGCGCCUAGCCCUCUGGGAAUUGUGUUCUGGGUCAGGCUUGACUGACUCUGAGGGAGGCCGGUAAUCGUGAAUGAACUACGACUCCCAGCAGCCCCCGUUGCCGCCGCUGCCGUACGCUGGCUGCAGGAGAGCGUCCGGAUUCCCUGCUCUAGUACGGCUGUAAGAAUUGUGGCAGGGCCUUCUGUUCAGGCUGCCUAAGCUUCAGUGCAGCAGUGCCUCGGACUGGGAACACCCAACAGAAAGUCUGCAAGCAAUGCCAUGAGGUCCUGACCAGAGGGUCUUCUGCCAAUGCCUCCAAGUGGUCACCACCUCAGAACUAUAAGAAGCGUGUGGCAGCCUUGGAAGCCAAGCAGAAGCCCAGCACUUCCCAGAGCCAGGGACUGACCCGACAAGACCAGAUGAUUGCUGAGCGCCUAGCACGACUCCGCCAGGAGAACAAGCCCAAGUUAGUCCCCUCACAGGCAGAGAUAGAGGCACGGCUGGCUGCCCUAAAGGAUGAACGUCAGGGUUCCAUCCCUUCCACCCAGGAAAUGGAGGCACGACUUGCAGCGUUGCAGGGCAGAGUUCUACCUUCUCAAACCCCCCAGCCGGCACAUCACACACCGGACACCAGGACCCAAGCCCAGCAGACACAGGAUCUGCUAACGCAGCUGAGAGCUGAGGUGGCUAUCGAUGAAAGCUGGAAAGGAGGAGGCCCAGCUGCCUCUCUCCAGAAUGACCUCAACCAGGGUGGCCCAGGGAGCACUAAUUCCAAGAGGCAGGCCAACUGGUCCUUGGAGGAGGAGAAGAGCAGACUGCUGGCUGAGGCAGCACUUGAGUUGCGGGAGGAGAACACGAGGCAGGAACGGAUUCUGGCCCUGGCCAAGCGACUAGCCGUGCUGCGGGGACAGGACCCCGAGAGAGUGACCCUCCAGGACUAUCGCCUCCCAGACAGUGAUGACGACGAGGAUGAGGAGACAGCCAUCCAAAGAGUCCUGCAACAGCUCACUGAAGAAGCUGCCCUGGAUGAGGCAAGUGGCUUUAACAUCCCUGCAGAGCAGGCUUCUCGACCCUGGACCCAACCCCACAGGGCAGAGCCUGAGGCCCAGGAUGUGGACCCCAGGCCUGAGGCUGAGGAAGAGGAGCUCCCCUGGUGCUGCAUCUGCAAUGAGGAUGCCACCCUACGCUGCGCUGGCUGCGAUGGGGACCUCUUCUGUGCCCGCUGCUUCCGAGAGGGCCACGAUGCCUUUGAGCUUAAAGAGCACCAGACAUCUGCCUACUCUCCUCCGCGUGCAGGCCAAGAGCACUGAAGACACCCUGGUCCUCCCGGAAGGGCAGUCCCACAGGCAGCGGCACCCAUUUCUGGGCCCAGCCACAGGACGUCCGAUGGGAGAGCUUGUCUGGCUCUACUGAUGAUGGAUAGGUCCCUUCCUGAGCCUUGGUGUCCCUGGAAUGAGGAAAGAUUCUCCAUUCGAGAGAAUGACUGGGAGGGAAGAAGUCGGGGCCCUCCUAUUAGAAGCCCAGACUGGAAGUGAGAGGCAUGAUGGGGAGAGACCAGACUGAAUCUACGGGUGAGCCCUGUAACCUGGCUCUAGGGCACAGGCCCCUCCCCUGGCACUUAGUGGAUCUAAUAAAGUAUGUUGAUUCAUUGGG